AUGUCUGCAUCUUCUUCAACUGUUGCAGUUUAUAUUGGUGCUUAUUCAUCUGAAGUUGACGCCGCCAAAGCUCAUGAUUUGGUGUCAAUCAGAAUAGGGGGCUUAAAAGCAUUAACCAAUUUUCAUGUGAGAUGUUAUUCCAAGGACAUGGAUGAAAUGAGAAGAAUGAGCAAAUGGGACUAUAUUUGUGCUGUUAGAGGGUUGGGCAAGGGCUAUACAGACGGUGAUUCCCCUUUCCGUGGCGUCUACAGGGUACCCACAAGCAGAAAAUGGGAAGCAAGGCUCGGUCGUGAGGGGUCACCAACCAUACACUUGGGAACUUAUUACACUGCAGAGGAUGCAGCGAGAGCUUAUGACAUUAUAUCAAUAAAACUGAAGGGAGGGAAAGCAAUUACCAACUUUGACUGGAAUUCGUAUGAAACUGAGGGCAUAAUGGAGAGUGUGAUUGCUCAAGCAACGGACGGAUCGAUCAUUCUGCAGAAAGAAGAAAAAAGCAAAGAACCCGAAGCAUCUCCUCAAAACAGCUCCUCAGUUCAAUGCCAUCCUCUACCACCCAGCAUCCCAUCCAUUUGUCGUUGCUGCCACAACCAAAUUCUCACACCAACCAACCCUCAUGCUCUUGGUACCAUUGCUGAUACUGCAGGAAACAGUGCAAUUAACAAUUCAAUUGUUAACGAUGCUGUACAGUUUCCAAACGAGAAUGCAACACAGCAACAGCCCCGACCACUUCAGACUCCGAGGCAAGUGAGUUUCAACGAUGGCUCCAAUCAGGACCUUGUCAACAACAACAACAACAAUCAGCAUCCAAAUCAUAAUGCAGCACAGCAACAGUCACUUCAGACUCCGAGGCAAGUGAGUUUUAACAAUGCCUUUAAUCUGAACCUUGUGAACAAUAACUACAACAACAGCAACAACCAGUUUCUGCCUCAGGGUUCUAACCUUGCUUUGCCUGCUACUGGCAUCCGAAAUCUAGAGUUAGAAAAGUGCGUCCGUUUCCCUGAUUGGAGAUCAGGUUUCGGAAAGAAGUUACUUGGGGGGAACUUGGAAUUGGAACCUUUAAACAACGUUGCUGCCCUCAGUCUGCAAGCUCUACCACAAGUCACGCUGAAUGGAAGUACAGGAGCAACACAGCUACACGCACCUGCAUUGCACCAAAGUUAUGAGCAUCAGAACUUGAACUCCUGCACCCCUGAUAGUUUUCAGAAUCCUGUUUCUGAACCAAACAACAACGGCUUCCAAAGUCAACUUGAUUUGGACAUGAGAGAUUAUCUCAACAGAUCUUACAUAGAAGACACCGAUUUCACAUGUGAUUAUGACAUGUUUUCAGCCAUGAAUGGGGGUAGAUAGGACCUCCAGUACUGCUGCCAAUGCCAGUACCUUUACAUAAUUUGUCUUUUCUCAUUUCUCAUUCAAACUUUGGCUCAAACUGUGUGGUUUGAGUAAGUGAACAUUAAUCAGUGUUUAUUCAAACUUUCUCUUAUCUAUGAUUGAA